AUGGACUCCUCAUCACCGAGUAACAGUGCAGGCGACACUCAGCAACGCCACGAGGAGAGCCCACCCGCCCCCGCAGACACCACCCCAGCUCCCGCGACCAGCGCAAGCUCACCUGGCGAUGAGAAGCCCACAGCGGCAGAGGCACCAGAAGCCCCUUCAUCGCCACCGACAGAGCAGAAACAAAAAGCCAGCGUGGAGGAUGACGACGAGGACGAAGACUCUGAGUUUGACGAGUUAGACG